AUGACAGAUUUAGUUGAAGCGGCGGUUUUCGAAACCCCUUACAGUGAUAGACCGUUGAUAAUCUCAUCGUGGGAUUCACCCGGUCCGAGUAAAGACGGCACCACUCGCGGCAACGAAGAUCCGGGGCGAGGGAGCGCGAGUCUUGCACUCCCGUCGGCGGAGAUGGAGGGAUCGGCGAUGGAGGGAAAUCACGGAGGCGAUCCCCGCGCCGAGCAUGCCACAACCAAGGAGUCCGAGGCGGCGGCAACGCAACACCAUCUGACGCUGCUCCAGUCGACCGUGGUCGAAGUUUGUGCAGCCGUGCUGGAUAAGGACAAGGUGGGGGAGCACGAGUCGGUGGGGCUGGUCGGUGGCUCUCCACCUUCUGGUGGAUGGGGGAGGCGUAGGCAGAGGAAGAGCGAUGGGGAGGACGAUUAUGACACCGCCGUGCCCGGGGACCUCAUUACGCGGGCGAAGAGGCGGCAGACGACAGGUAGUGCUGACGACGCCGGAGGCGCGGCAGUUGGGACACCGCGAGGCGCCAAGGAAGCUAGUGGCAAGGCGGGCGGUCAAGCAUUGCGCCAGAAGGGCCGACCCGCAGCAAGAAAAUCAUCCGGCGGAAGGAGAGGCAAGAAAACAGCGACGGGAACAAAGCCGAAACGGGGCGAUGAAGACCCCGGUGAUGCGGAUGAGGAGGAGGAUGCAGAGGGAGAGGAGGAUGAAGAGGAAGCGGAGGAGGAUGAAAAAUAUGAGAAUGAUGGCGGGGAGGACGAAGAGGAGGAGGAGGAGGAGGAGGAGGAGGAGGAGGAGGAGGAGGAGGAGGAGGAGGCAGAGGAGGAGGAGGAGGAGGAGGAGGAGGAGGAGGAGGAGGAGGAGGAGCAGGGUGACGACGAGGAGGAGGAGUAG